UCCUUCAGCGGCCUCCCGGCGGCGCUGGCAAGAGCGAUCCGGCAUCAAGAUGGCGGCGGCCGCCGAGCUGGCGGCGGGGCGUUGGUGGGCUUGGUUGUUAGUGGGGCUGCAGGCGAUAAGUGUAUAUGGAGCACAGUUGUCAUCAGAAGCUUGCAGAGAGCUGGGCUUCUCCAGUAACUUGCUAUGCAGUUCUUGCAACCUUCUUGGGCAGUUCAAUCUGAAUCAGUUGGAUCCGUUCUGCAGGCAGUGCUGCCAAGAAGAAGCUCAGUUGGAAGUUAGAAAGCUUUAUGCAGGAGCUGUCCUAGAGGUAUGUGGAUGAAAAUUGGGAAGGUUCCCACAAGUCCAGGCUUUUGUCAGGAGUGAUAAGCCAAAACUCUUCAGGGGACUGCAAAUCAAGUAUGUGCGUGGCUCUGACCCUGUACUAAAGCUGCUGGACGACAGUGGGAACAUUGCAGAAGAACUGAGCAUCCUCAAGUGGAAUACAGAUAGUGUGGAAGAAUUCCUAAGUGAAAAAUUAGAACGUCUAUAAAUCAUUGCUUUCAGUCCUCUUUCCUUUUCAUGUUUUGUCAUGGUAAUCUUCUCAGAUGUGGUAUGCUACAAUUGAAAAAACAUUCCAGCUUCUAUAUUAAUUUUAAAAUAUCUGUGCUGUACUAAACAUCUUGUAAGUAGAAGGGGAAGCUUAAGCACACAUAUUUGACAAGUUGACAAACAGAAUAGCUUGUCUUCAUGUAUUUCAGCUCUUAGUGAUAAAUGCAUUAACAAAAUGCUUUGCUUCAAAGUUAAUUAUGCAAAUAUCAGUUUGUUACAAUUGGACCUGUUUUUACAAAUGUUCUUAAAACUGAAGAGCUUCACAUAAUUGAAAUGAUUACCAUUCUUUUGUCUGCUGGCAUUUCUAAGAAAGUCAGAACCAAAUGUGAUGUACUAUCUCCCAAAGACACUUGACUGCUAAUGCCCUCUUCUUUCUUGUAUUUGAACUGUCCUUUUUAUAGAAGCAUUGUUUACAGUAUCUAGUUCACAGGUGUUGAAGCUGAUGGAGGAACUCAUGCUCCAGUACUGUGAAACAUUUACUAAGUACACUUCAGUGAAGACUACAUAGAAAACCUCCGAGGUGUAUGGAAGUCAGAUGUCAGGUGUACUUUACGUUAAGUGUUUCGCUUCAGAAGACACGAGAUAUGAGUCUUGAAAAACCUUUCCUUCUUACUUGCACAACUUUAUUGGAAGUCUGUUUAUCAAAUAAAAUUAUAAACUGUUCUUUUAAAA